UUAAACUCCAUCAAAUCAAAACAUUUUUGUUGAUUCUAAAAAAACACAUACUCUUUCUCUAACAUCUUUUAUAUCUAAUCUACCAUGUUGGAUUUUGGAAAGGAGGUGACUUUAGAGAAUUUGAGUGUUCCAUGUCUCAUUUGGAUUCAACUUUUGGUCUUGCUUCUUCUUCUUGCUCUUCUCUUUAGCUUCUCCAUUAUUGCUUUAGAUCCCACUGCCUCCACCACUGAACAACAACAUCAACCCUCCAACUACCACUCCACUGCUGUCACCAACCGUUUUCAGACCACUCGGGAAAAUGAAAGUAUUAAAGGUGAGAUAGUAAGCAAUGGAAGCAGAGGAAUUGUGAGAGAAGAGACUGCAGAGGGAGAAGCUUCAACUUCAUCACUAUAUUUUCUCCACCCUUGUUAUUAUUUCAACUUGGCCAAAAAAGCAUUCCUCAAAUGUCUUGGCCAGGAUUCUACAUCUGAUCAUCCUUCAACCCUAAAACCUAACAAAACUAAACAAACUUGAUUAUCUUUAUUGUUAUUAAUAUCAAAAUUUAGUUCUCAUUUAUUUGACA